UCUCAACGUGUAAGAGCAAUAUGUGGAUACCUCUAUUCAUAACUGGUUUUUGGAAUACCAAUACAUCUUCAUCUCACUUAUGGAAAACAAAAUAUACAAAGGGAUGGACAACUCCUUUGUAUUUCUCUAAAGUGGACAAGUCGUUCUUUGCUCCUCGUUUAGCUUCUAUUCAAGCUGUUCAAGGAGAUUUGGAUAAUAUCGCCCCUCAAUGGAACGACUCUUCAUUAGAAACAACUCUUCCUAUAACUACCAAUGAACGUCCAGCUAUUCCAAGACAACACUUCAGCCACCUCGGAGACACUUUAGAUCCUAGUUUGAUGGACUCCGUCAAGAAACGAAAACAGAGAGCAAAAGAAGAGCCUUUAUGUAUUGUUGUUAUUGGUGCUAGUGGAGACUUGGCAAAGAAGAAAACUUUUCCUGCUUUGUUUUCCUUGUAUUAUCACGAUUUGUUACCAAAGGACUUUCUCAUUGUAGGUUAUGCUAGAAGACAAAUGACUCAAGAAGAGUUUAGAAACUCUAUUAUGGAAUCAUUGACUUGUAGAGUUAUCGAUGGCCCACAGUGUCAACGAAAGAUGGAUGAGUUUCUACCCAAAUGUCACUAUAUGUCAGGUAUGUAUGAUAGAACUGAAGAUUUUGUUCGAUUGGAUCAAUUUUUGAACAACUUUGAACAAUCAUUUCCCAAUACUCGAGUGGAUAGACUAUAUUAUUUAGCUGUUCCUUCUCAAGUAUUUGAAAAUGUGGUACAUCAUGUUCAUGAAAGCGGAAGAACGCAACGAGGUUGGAAUCGCAUCGUCAUGGAAAAACCAUUUGGAAAAGACAUUACUUCUUAUCUACAGCUUCGAAAUAGUCUUCGCAAUUGUAUUUCUGAAGAUGAAAUAUACCGAAUUGAUCACUAUUUGGGAAAGGAGUUGGUACAAAAUUUGAUGGUUUUACGGUUUGCCAAUUAUCUAUUUGAGCCUUUAUGGAAUCGAGACCAUAUAGCUUCCAUUCAAAUUGUGUUUAAAGAGAAUUUUGGUGUGGAAGGAAGAGCUGGAUAUUUCGAUGAAUAUGGAAUUAUUAGAGAUAUUAUGCAGAAUCAUUUAUUACAAGUGAUGGCAUUGUUGGGUAUGGAACAACCAGUAACUUUACAUGCGGAAGAUAUUCGAGAUGAAAAGGUAAAAUUUCUACGCUCUAUACGUCCUUUAAAAGCAUCAGACUUUGUACUUGGUCAAUAUAGAGACCGUCAGAAUCCUCAACGUUCUUAUUUAUCGGAACCUGGAGUAAUGAAUGAUAGUCAUACUCCUACUUUUGCUGCUUGUGUAUUUCAAGUGGAUAAUAGAAGAUGGUCAGGUGUACCAUUUCUUAUGAAGGCUGGUAAGGCAUUGGAUGAACGCAAGGCAGAAAUACGUAUUCAGUUUCAAUCUGUUCCUGGUGGACUAUUUUCUCAAGUAGUUUCGUCACAUCUUCCACAUAAUGAAUUGGUGAUUAGAGUACAACCAGAUGAAGCCAUUUAUAUGCGUAUUCUUAGCAAGGCACCGGGUUUUACUUCGCGUUUGGAAGAGGCACGUUUGAAUCUCUUCUAUCGUACGGCUUGGGAAGAUAGUAAAGAUAUACCUGAUGCCUAUGAGAGACUUAUUCUGGAUGUCAUACAUGGUGAGAAAAGUUUGUUUAUUCGUGAUGAUGAAUUGGAAGUGGCUUGGAAUAUAUUUACUCCUUCAUUGAAGGAAAUGGAAAUGGCUCAAGAUUCGUGGAAACCUAUUUUGUACGAUUACGGUGGAAGAGGUCCAAUCGAAAGUGAUUAUUUGGCUGCCAAAUAUGCAGUGCAAUGGAGUGAAGGUGAUUGAUGUUCAUGUAAGGAUAAUAUAGAAAGAACUGGAAUCCAUUCAGUUGCAAUGGCAUUCAUGGAUUCUUCAUGUUUCUAU